UUUUUAAAAUUAACAGCUGACAGCUAACUUCAGUAUGAUUUUUAAUAAUAAGGUAUAGUGCGUGAGUUACUACUUGUUGACAUGAUCUGGCUCUUGUGAGAUAAAUAACAACACCGUUCACUUUUACAUUCCUAACGGAGUUUUAUUUUUUUUUAUCUCAAAAAAAAAAACAAAAAAAAAAACAAAAAAAUGGAUUAUGCGGCAAUUGAUCAGAUUUCACGCGCUGACUAUCCAAAUAAUAAUUUGAAAGAUAUUCAAUAUGGUACAGCGGGAUUUCGAAUGAGAGCUGAAUUAAUACCGCAUGUAGUUUAUAGAAUGGCAAUACUAUCAAUUUUACGAUCAAAAUUUUUUAAUGGUGCAGCAAUCGGAUUAAUGAUAACAGCAAGUCACAAUGAAGAGCCUGAUAAUGGUAUUAAAAUAGUUGAUCCAGCCGGAGAGAUGCUAGAAGCUGAUUGGGAGAAAAUUGCAACAGAAUUUGCAAGAGUUCCAGACUCAGAAUUAAUUGAAAAAAUAAAAGAAAUUAUUAGAGAGAAAAAUAUUGAUGAAAAUGCUCCAGCGUUGAUAGUUAUUGGCAGAGAUACCAGAGAAAGUGGAGUAUCAUUGUCGCAAGCAGCUAUCAAGCCGAUUGAAUUUAUGAAGGCAGUUGUUAAAGAUUUUGGGGUGAUUACAACACCUCAGUUACAUUAUUUAGUUGUUUGUAUAAAUACUAAAGAGCUGUAUGGUGUGGCGACUAUAGAAGGAUAUUUUGAUAAGUUGAGCAGCGCGUUUAAAAAAAGUCAGACUGUUGAGGAUAAAAUUGUUAAAAAAUUAAAUUAUAAAAAUGAAGUUUAUGUAGAUGCAGCCAAUGGUGUUGGUGCUUUUGCUGCUGAAAAAUUUAAAGAACAAUUGAAUAAUUUUUUAAAUAUUAAUGUUUUCAAUAAUGGAGAUGGAAAACUUAAUUACAAGUGUGGAGCAGAUUUUGUGAAGAUUCAUCAAGCUCCUCCUCUCAAUAAUCCUUCUAAGCCAUAUUUAAAAUGUGCAAGUAUUGACGGAGAUGCUGAUAGACUGGUUUAUUAUUAUGUAGAUGAAAAAAAUGAAUUUAAUUUAUUUGAUGGAGAUAAAAUAGCCAUUUUGAUUGUGAGUUAUCUCAAAGAACUCAUUGAAGCAAGUGGUUUGUCUAUUAAAUUGGGUUUAGUUCAAACAGCAUAUGCUAACGGAGCAUCUACUAAUUAUGUCACCGAAAUUUUGAAAGUCCCAGUCGCUUUCACAAAAACUGGUGUUAAACAUCUUCAUCAUCGAGCUCAACAGUUUGAUAUUGGAGUAUAUUUUGAAGCUAAUGGACACGGUACUGCAAUUAUAAAGGAUGAAAUUGUUAAAAUGAUUCGGGAAUUUGUUUCAGAUAAAAACGUCUCAAGUCAACAACGCUGUGCUAUGACUGAAUUGUCAAAUUUCAUCGAUAUAAUUAAUCAGGCAGUCGGAGAUGCUCUCAGCGAUAUGCUGUUGGUUGAAACAAUUUUAUACGCUAAAGAUUGGGAUAUUGUUACUUGGAAGCAAUGUUACUCGGAUUUUCCAAACAAGCAAUUAAAAGUUAAAGUUGUAGAUAGAAAUAUUAUUAAAACUACCGAUGCAGAAAGAAAAUGUACUUCUCCAAUAGGUUUACAAGAUAAAAUUGAUCAAUUAGUAUCUCAAUACCCGAAAGGUCGAUCAUUUGUCAGACCUUCUGGAACAGAAGAUAUUAUAAGAGUUUACAUAGAGUGCCAAAAUCAAAUGGAUGUAGACAAAUUAGCCGCUCAAGUAGCUUUAGCUGUUCAUGAGUAUGCAGGUGGAGUAGGUGAAAAACCUAUUGUACCAUAAAUUAAAAAUAUUUUACAAUCAAAAAUUCAAUUUUGAAUUUUUUUAUAAUUUUUAAAAAUUCCUUCUGAAUAUUUCCUCUAUUUUCAAUGAACUUAAAACAAAGUAUUCUUAAAAAAUAAAAAAAUAAUUAUUAUCUUUAUCUAAAAAUAUUAUUUUUAUAAGCUCUAAAAAUAUCAAAAGAAAUUUAAAGGCAAUUAGCGUUGAUAAAUAUAAAAAAAAAUUGUUUAAGAUUCGUUAACUACUCAUUCUAUUAACUUGAUAAAAAAUCAACUGUGUAUUUUUAUAAUAAAUAUAUAUACAUU